CUGGCGACAUGAUAUACUUACUGCUACCGAUAGUUCUCCUGCUAUUGUACAAAUAUUUUACAAAAAAUCACGACUACUGGGAGAAGCGAAACGUGAAAUAUGAAAAGCCAAUCCCAAUUUUUGGAACCAAUUACGAGAAUGUGAUCGGAAAGAAGAGCAUCAUAGAAAAGGCUACAGAAGUAUACAACAAGUAUCCUACAGAGCCAGUGGUAGGGAUGUUUAGAGGAACUACUCCGGAACUGGUGGUGCGAGAUCCAGAAAUAGCCAGAAAGAUUCUCAAUGUGGACUUUGCUUAUUUUUACCGUCGAGGUCUGGGUAAAAAUCCAGAGAUCGACCCCGUUUACUAUAAUCUUUUUCAUGUUGAAGGCGAUUUAUGGAAAUUAUUACGGCAACGCCUAACUCCAACUUUCACAACUGCCAAACUGAAGAACAUGUUUCCACUUAUCGUAAACUGCGCGGAAAAGUUGCGCCAUGUCGGUGAAGAUAUCGUCAACCGAGGGGGCGAGUGUGACGUGCGCGACCUCAUGGCGCGCUUUACUGUUGAGUUUAUUGGUGUUUGUGCCUUCGGGAUAGAAAUGGAUACGAUCAAUAACGAACACUCUCUAUUUAAAAAGUUAGGCGUCCGCAUAUUUAAAACAGAUUUCAGAAAAUAUCUCGUAACUGCAUUGUAUGAUCUAUUCCCGGAUUUCAGAACAAUUAUCCAAAAAUUACUUAGUAAUUCAUCUAGCAUUACCGCAAUCACAGAGAUUUUUUAUAACAUACGCAAGCAAAGAAAUUACAAACCAAUUGGACGUAACGACUUUAUUGAUCUUCUUUUGGAACUCGAAGGCAAAGGAAAGAUCAUAGGAGACUCUAUUGAGAAAAAAAACGCGGAUGGGAAACCAGUACAAGUAGAAAUGGAGAUGAACAUCACGUAUAUGGCGGCACAAAUGUUUGUGUUUUUUGCUGCGGGCUUCGAGACCUCAUCAUCAGCAACCAGUUUUACGUUACAUCAACUCGCUUAUCAUCCAGAAGAACAACAGAAAAUACAGGAAGAGAUUGACAGGGUGUUGAGUAAAUACAAUAACAAAUUAUGCUAUGAUUCCAUAUCUGAAAUGACAGCUUUGAGUAAUGGAUUCAAAGAAGCCAUGAGGAUUUUUCCUUCCUUGGGGACACUUCACAGAGUGUGUGCUAGAAAGUACACCAUACCCGGUUUGAAUGUAACCCUUGAUCCUGGUGUGAAAAUCAUAAUUCCUACCCAAGGCAUACAAAACGAUGAGAAGUAUUUCGACAAUCCCUCACAGUUCAUUCCUGACAGGUUCAACGAUCCCAAUGUAUUAAGACACAAGUACGCGUAUUUGCCGUUUGGUGGGGGACCAAGAGCUUGUAUAGGUGGUCGUCUUGGUGAAAUGCAGUCUCUUGCGGGGCUCGCGGCUAUACUACACAAGUUCUCAGUGGAACCAGGUCCUAAGACUCAGCGCUACCCUCAAGUGAACCACGGAAGCAACUUGAUCCAGGGUGUUAAAGGAGGCAUUCCUCUUAAAUUGCGUCUUAGAAACAAAAGCAACAGCGUAGCGGCUUAGCUUUUACGUUCGAGGUCACAAAAUUGCCGCUAAGACUCGUAACUUUUGGUUUGACUAUCGAAUAUCGUAUAGCUACGCCUAGAUUAUGUUGAAGUGUAAUUUAAACCCGUGGAUUAUAAUUUGAGAAAACAAUUUGUCUAUAAAUCAAAGAUUUUAAUCGUCACAGGGCCAUUUCUACUGUUCUCUCUAUUCUAGUUUAUGUUUAAUAAAGAAUGAUGACUAAUGAUGACAUUGUUUCAUUUAUAAUAAUAUUUAAAAUUGAAGUCACGCUCAGUGUGAAUGCUGUAAGCAGGAGACUUUGGCUUAU